AUGGGUUUACGGGUGUCUUCGCUGAUUGCCGUCUCACGCCAUGGGGAUUAUGUUGUGCGCGCGAACGGAAAAGAACUCUCGGUGCACACAGCCGCAGAGUUUGAGGGCUCGAGGAUUCUUCACUGCACCAGAUUGAAAGAACCAUUGGCGUCGCAGUUGAAAUUUCUAAAGAUUUCCUCCCCAGAUACUUCUGAUGAUGAUAACGACAAUACAUUAGACCUUGUUCCACGCCAGCGCUUGCUCUGCUCCAGCGACAAUCGCGUCUCUGUCUGGGAGAUCAAUUCCAUGGAAUGGGCUGCCGACAUUGAAAAUAUCGACCCUACAAUAAUGCACGUGGACUUUGGAGCCCGGGAUGACGAGGUCAUUGUCUUUCACUCCUGGAACUCAAAAGUGACCAUCUUUAGUCUUGACUCGGGGCGCAGCCAAGUAAUCAAAUCACCCAAAUUCUGCAAUCCCAAUGGUUACAGCUACCGUCCGCGAACACGGCAGCUUGCGAUCUUACUGAAGCCUGAAACGAGCGAUCUCCUCACGUUACAUGAGAUACAGACGUAUGAGCUCAUUACGAGAGUGACCUUGCCUACUGUAGAUGCUCAAGGCGUGAGAUGGAGCCCAGACGGAAAAUGGAUUGCAGUCUGGGAAGCUGCAAGCGCUGGCACGAAAGUUCUGAUAUACACGGCCGAUGGACAGCUCUUCAGGGCUUAUACGGGACUGUCAGAGGGUGACGACACUUAUGAUCUCGGUGUGAGAACCAUAGAAUGGAGCCCGGUUGCAAAUUCUAAUCGGAGCUCCAAAUUCUUAGCCGUUGGAAAGUUCGAUGGAACCGUGGAUCUUCUCAACAGCAGAACGGUAAGAGAACGUCAUCACCAUACCAGUGGACUUCAAACUAAGUUGUCUCAGUUCUCCUGCACCACUUCGCUUUUCCAUACCCUUAAUGUCGAUAAUUAUUCACCAGCAAUUUGGCGGGAGCGGCUUGACGGGAGCCUUGAAUACACUGAGGCAUCUCCCUCGUCUGCGUUUACUACGACCUCGGAAUCAUCUGGUCUGCCUCGCGGCGUGUCGAUGAUUCAAUUCAGUUACAAUGGCGAACUCUUGGCAACUUUGGAUCAAUCACAGCCGAAUAUUGUCUGGAUAUGGUGUCUGACCUCGCCCGUCCGCUUGGAAUCAGUGCUCGUCCACGAACAUAUUGUCAGACAGUUUUCAUGGCACCCUAGUGAGCAUGAGCUCCUGGUGACAACGAACAACAGUGCGAUGGCUGCUGUCCACCUCUGGUCUCGGAACAGAAACCCCAUUAUUGCAGCCGUACCAGUCGCGCGAAAUGAUGCAGGGCGAUAUGAGAUCACUUGGUUCGGGUCUGUUCGCGGAGAGCCUUCUAUGUUCUGGUUCAGCACCCCGGACGAUGCCGUUCUCGGAUAUAUCACUCUGCAGGAUGGACAUUCACAGUUUAAUGUGCUUCAUUCUGUAAGUAGGAGCGGUGACAUAAUGCAAUAG